CUUUUUACCGUGGCUUUUGAUCGAUGAUGGUCGCUCUUCGUCGCCUAUCAUUUCGCACUCGUAAAUCUAAUUAAAUCGCGGUUAAAAAAUAGCAAACAAGUCAAUUAAAUUAUUGAAUAAUUAUCAUCAAUUAAUUGAUUUUGUCAAGUCUUGAAAAGUAAAAAAAAAAGACAUGGAUACUGGAAGAGGUAGAAGCAGAGGACGUGCACGUACUCGUCCCCCUCAGACCGAAGCACCAAGACAAGGUCCACCACAAUCAGGUCCUCAUGCUGCACCAGGACCAGCUCUUCAAGGACAAUGGGCUGCUCGUCGUCCAGGAGCAGAACCACCAGCAGCAGCAGCAGCAUCAUCAACUGAACAAUAUCCAGCAAUGGCUCCAAGAGCUAGUAUUGGACGUUCAGUCAGAGCAGCUGGACCACCAAUUUAUCAACGUUCAACUUCAAUUGACAGUACAUUGUCAACAGAAGCUCAACGAUCAAUUCAAGUGUCAGGAACACCAGAAGAUAGUGGUGCAGCUGCUGGAGCACCACCUGGACGUGGUGCAAUGCGUGGUAGACGUCAAUUGGAUCCAGUUACUCGUCCAUCACAAUGGCUGGAAUCAAAAAAAGGUUCAUCUGGAAAACCUUUUAAUUUCCGUUCAAAUUAUUUCAAGCUGACAGCAGCACCAGACUGGUGCCUUUAUCAGUACCACGUUGAUAUUCAACCAGAAGAAGACCGUACAUUUGUUAGAAAAGGUUUAUUGGGUCUUCACAGAGAAAAAUUGGGUGGUUACAUGUUUGAUGGAACAUCACUUUAUUUGUGUGCUCGUUUGGCAAAUGAUGUUUCUGAAUUUACAAGUACACGUCAAUCAGAUGGUGUACAAAUGCGUAUAAUUGUUAAAUUAACUGGUACAUUGGAAAAAGGAGAUCCUCAUUAUCUUCAAUUUUACAAUGUUUUAAUGAGAAAAUGUUUGUCACAUUUGAAAUUACAACUUGUUGGAAGAAACUUUUUUGAUCCACAUGCUAAAGUUGAAAUUCGUGAACAUCAUUUUGAGCUGUGGCCAGGAUAUAUAACAUCAAUUCGUCAGCAUGAACAAGAUCUUUUGAUGUGUUGUGAAAUAACACACAAAGUUAUGAGACAAGAAAAUUUACUUAACAUCAUGAAUCGUAUUAGAGAAGAAAAAGGUGGUGGAGAUUUUCAGGCUGCAUGUAAAGCUGAUGUCAUUGGAACAACUGUAUUGACAGAAUACAACAACAACACAUAUAGAGUUGAAGAUAUUGAUUUUCAAACUAAACCAUCAUCAACAUUCCAUUUGAAAAAAGAAAAUCGUGAAAUUUCUUAUGCUGAAUAUUAUCGUAACAAAUACAACAUCAAUAUUCGCAACAUGACACAGCCAAUGUUGGUAACACGUACAACUGAUAAAGAUCGUCGAUCUGGUCAAGCUGAAAUUGUUUAUUUAGUUCCUGAACUUUGUCGUGCAACAGGUAUUACUGAUGCAAUGAGAAAUGACUUUAGGCUCAUGGAUGCUAUGGCUCAGCAUACACGUAUUAAUGCACAACAACGUGUUCAAAAAUUAAAUGCAUUUAAUAAACGUCUUUAUGGUGAACCACUUGUUGUCAGUGAAUUCCGUCAAUGGAAUUUACAAUUGGAAAAAGAAUUGAUCACUGUUCCAGCUCGUGUUUUGGAUGAAGCAAAAAUUAUUUUUGCUAAUAAUAAUUCUGUUGGUGCUGGUCAAGGUGCUGAUUGGACAAAUGCAUUUAGAAAUAAUGGAUUAUUACAACCUGCACCAUUGAAUGACUGGGUUGUACUUGUGCCUGAAAAACUCGCAAGAGAUGCAAGAAGUUUUGUUCAAAACAUGCAACGCUCUCUUAAAAACUUUCAAAUGCGAGAUCCACGUUAUAUUGAAAUGCGCAAUGAUUCAGCUCAAUCAUUUACCAAUGAACUUGACAAAGUAUUGAGUCAAUCAAAUCCACAAAUUGUAUUUUGUAUUGUCUUUAAACAACGUGGUGAUAUUUAUUCAGCAAUUAAAAAAAAAUGUUGUGUUGAUCGUCCAGUACCAUCACAAGUUGUAACAUCAAAAUGUUUUAAUCCAAAAAGAAUGAUGUCAAUUGCAACAAAAGUUGCAAUACAAAUGAAUUGUAAAAUUGGUGGUUAUCCUUGGUCAAUUGCAAUACCAAUGAAAGGCUUGAUGGUUAUUGGUUUUGAUGUUUGUCAUGAUACAAAUCAAAAAGGAAAAGAUUUUGGUGCAAUGGUAGCAUCACUUGAUUCAAGCUUUGGACGUUAUUUCUCAGCAGUUUCAUUCCACUCAAGUAAUGAAGAAUUAUCAAAUGAUCUUGCUGUUAAUAUAACAAAAGCACUUCAUAAAUAUCGUGAAUAUAAUAAUGCUCUUCCACAACAAAUUGUCAUCUACAGAGAUGGUGUUGGUGAAGGACAAGUACCAUAUGUAUUUGAGCAUGAAGUUCAAAAUAUUCGUUCACGUGUUGCUAAUUUUUAUCAAAAAGGACCAACUGAAAUUCAAAUGGCUUAUGUUGUUGUUACCAAGAGAUUAAAUACACGUUUAUUUGCUGAUAAUCGUGGACAAAUUGGUAAUCCACCACCUGGUACAAUUGUUGAUGAUGUUAUAACAUGUCCAACAAAAUAUGAUUUCUUUGUUGUUGCACAAGCUGUUAGACAAGGUUCUGUUGCACCAACAUCAUUCAGUGUUAUUGAUGAUAAUGUUGGUCUUCCACCAGAUAGAAUGCAACAAUUAACAUAUCGAUUAAUGCACAUGUACUUUAAUUGGUCUGGUACUGUUAAAGUUCCUGCACCUGUACAAUUUGCUCAUAAACUUGCAUUUUUGGUAUCACAAUCAAUUCAUAGUGCACCAAGCAGUCAUCUUGAUUCAUUACUUUACUUUUUGUAAAUUAUAUUACAAAAAAAAAAGCAUGAUGAUAUAUACUCUUGAAAUAUUUGACUGGUUUCAAACAAUUUUUUAUUUUCAUAUUUUUCUUUUUUUUUAAAUAUUUAUGUAUCAAUAAUAUUUCUUUAUUAUUAUUAUUAUUAUUAUUAUUAUUAUUAUUAUUAUUAUAUUAAUAAUUAAUGAUUUUGAUUUUUAAAAAAUCAAAUUGCCAGUUAAACUUUUUUUUUUUUUUUCUUAAAAAAUUUGAUUAUUUAAAAAAAAAAAAUAAUAAUAAGUAGAUUAAAUUCUCUUUUAUUCAUCAAAAUACAUGUAUCCUUUUAUUUAAUAAGGAUAAUUUUCCAAAAAAAAAAAAAAAAAAACAUUAAA